AUCACCCCCCCACCCACCGCCCGGGCCCCGCCCUGCUGCACGGACCCGCUAUGAUUAAUCACAGAGCGCGUUAUUGAUCUUCAUAAUCAGCCUGACAUGCAAGCGGCGGCGGUGGUGCCAGCAGCAGCAGCGGCAGCAGCGGCAGAGGCCGCGCCGCGCGUCUCGACGUGACAUUAUUUUCUUUUUUGGCGAAAGUCGGAGACAGAGCGGAGCUCUUCCUGAUGCUCGCCGACGCACGGCGCGCAGCAGCUACAGCAGCAGCAGCUACAACAGCAGAUACAGCAGCAGCAGCAGCUACAACAGUUACAGCAGCAGCUACAGCAGCAGCAGCUACAACAAUAGCAGCAGCAGCUACAACAGCAGCAGCUACAGCAGCAGUAUGUCCCGGCGCAAACAGCACAAGCCGCUACAGCUGGUGCCGCACGUGGCCAGGCAGCGGGGCGGACGCGCAGCGCGUGAUGUGGUGAUGGAGGACGACCCUCCAUUGUCGUCGUCCUCGCCGCUCCCGCCGCCACCGCCGCCAUCGCUGUGCGGCGCCAUUUCGGAACCGGCGGCGGCGCCGGGGGGCGGCGGCGGCGCCCACGCGUGCGGGGCGUGCGGCACGGAGACCGCCGACCUCUCCGACUUCCUGCGCCACCGCCUGGCCUGCUCGGCCUCGCGCCGCCCGCCCCCCGCGGAGGCGCCCCCCGGCCCUGACGCCGCCCUCGCCGAGCCCCGGCCCCUCGGCGGCCACGCCACGGCGGCGGAGGAGGACGAAGAGGAGGGGGAGGAGGGGCGCGACGAUGAGCUGGAGGAGACCGACGACGGCGAGGGGCGGGGCGACGCGGAGGAGAGGAUGGAGGUGGACGGGGGAGCGGAGGUGAAGGCGCCGCCGGCAGCGCCGGCAUCGGCGUCCAGACGCGGGGCCGGCGGCGGCGGCGUCACCCUGGAGGCGCUGCUGGGCACGAGGGUGGCGGUGGCGCAGAUCUCGGAGCUGCCCGCCGGCGAGACGGACUCCGCCGACGAGGACGCGGAGCGCGGCGUCUCGUCGGCCGCGGCCGCCGGCCCCGGCGCCACCAUGACGUUCCCGCUCAUCCUGGAGCAGCUGACCGCCCUGCAGCAGCAGCAGAUGCACCAGCUGCACCUGCUGGAGCAGCUGAGGGGCCAGCUGGCGCUGUUGGCGCCGCACAGCGUGUUCGGGUCGCUGCACGUGGGUCCCGUCAUGGCGCUGUCGUCGCAGAUCAGCCAGCGGCUCUCGGACUCGCAGGCGCUGGCCGGCCACGUGGCGCUGGCCUCCAAGCUGGGCCGGCGGCCGUCCGAGUCGCUCGGCCUCGCGGCCCACGCAUCCCUGGCGUCGCACCUGGGCCAGCGCGUGUCGGAGGCGCACGCCAUGGCGAGCCAGCACGCCAGCUUCCCCAGCUCCCGGCAGCCGGCGCCUCAGAGCGCCAGCGCCGGCGCCGCCAACGGCGCGGGCCCCAGGGCGGCGACACCGCAGAGCGCCCAGUCGCGCCGCGCCGGCUCGCCGGUGGGCACGAGCAGCAGCGGCGGCGGCGGCAGCGCGGCCUCCUCGCGGCCCCUGAGCCCCCGCGCGGGCCUCGCUUCCGCGGCCUCCCUCGGCCACGGACUCGGCCUGUUCGGCGCCUCCUCCGGCCUGGGUCUGUUCGGCCCCCAGCUGACGCAGUCCCUCGCAAACUCGGGCACGAUCUUCCCCAGCCCGCUCAGCGGCAUGGCGGCGGUGGCGAUGGUCACCAACAACUCGCUGUCGAAGCUCGUCGGCAAGGCCAAGGCCCCCGCGGUGGCCGUCAAGGGCUCGGCGGAGGCGAAGGCCGCGGCGGAGGAGAGCUUCUUCCGCCACAAGUGCAAGUUCUGCUCGAAGGUGUUCGGCAGCGAGAGCGCGCUGCAGAUCCACCUGCGCUCGCACACGGGCGAGCGCCCCUUCAAGUGCAACAUCUGCGGCAACCGCUUCUCCACCAAGGGCAACCUCAAGGUCCACUUCCAGCGGCACAAGGACCGCUACCCGCACAUCCAGAUGAACCCCUUCCCCGUGCCCGAGCACCUGGACGGCGUGCAGACGAGCACGGGCAUCCCCUACGGGAUGUCCGUGCCACCCGAGCCGCCCUCCGCCAGCUCCUCGUCAUCCUCCCCGUCGCUCUGGCUGGCAGAGACCAAGCUUGGCCCGCCGCAGCAGCAGCAGGACCGGCCCGGCUCCCCUGGCACCCGUGGCGGUUGCCCCCGGACACUCUCCCCCCCCAUGAGCGACGCGGCCACGGGCCUCGAUUCGCCGCCGCAGGGUGGCGACCGCCCUUCGGGGUCGCCGGGGGGCCGCGGUCAGGAAUCGGACGCGGCGCGGCAUGGCGACGAGGAGGAGGAGGACGACCCGCCGGGAGUGCCGCCGGGAGGGCCUGCGGCCGCCAGGCCGCAAGCCCGCGACGAGCCAUCGGCCGCCACCCGCUUCCUGUCCGUCUCGUCGGAGGCGUUCGAAUCCAAGUUCCCGUUCGUGAGCGAGAGUUACCUGGACGCGGCGCACGCCUCCGAGACUUCCAAGCUGCAGAGGCUCGUGGAGACCAUCGACCGCGAGGCGACGGGCGACCCCAACAGGUGCGGCGUGUGCCACCGCGUGCUCAGCUGCCCGAGCGCGCUCAAGAUGCACCACCGCACGCACACGGGCGAGCGGCCGCACAAGUGCAAGGUGUGCGGCCGCGCCUUCACCACCAAGGGCAACCUCAAGACGCACUACGACGUCCACCGCACCAAACCGUCGCCGCUGCACGCCCUGCACUCGUGCCCCAUCUGCCAGAAGGGCUUCUCCGACGCCGUGGUGCUGCAGCAGCACGUGCGCAUGCACGUGGGCGGCCAGAUCCCGCUCAACCCGCUGCCCGAGCCCGGCGAUGCCCACUCGCCCUUCGAGGACCGCGACGACGCGGACAGCCUCGGCGGAGACGCGGACGACAUGGAGGCAGAGGAGUGCGGCGAGGACGCGGGCGAGGGCCCCGCGUCCUCGCCGGCCGAGGGGACGCCGCCGCCGCCGCCGCCGCGGCCGGCGUCGUCCGCCGCCGCCCCGGGCCUGGCGACGCUCGAGAACCAGAUGAGGCUGGUGGAGUCGGCGCUAAACCGGCAGUCCCGGGACAACAACAACGGCGCCGACAGCAACAACGGCGGCGGCGGCGGAGGAGUGGGGGCGGAAGAUCGCCGGGGCGGCGAGAGUCCGGCGACGCCCGAGUCGGCGUCCUCCUUCCACGUGCUGUCGCCGCCGAGCCUGCACUGGGCCACGGCCGACAUCGGGAAGGCGGCGCCGUUCGCUCCGCACGCGGCCGACGAGAAGCCGGCGCCGGCGCCGGCCGCGGUGGUGAGAGUGAAGCCCGAGCCGGAGGAGAAGCGCUCGCCGCCCUUCGUGAGCGAUGCCUCGUUCGGCUUCCUCCCCGCUGGCUUCGGCAAGAUGAUGUUCCGCGACGACGCGCUCAGCAUGCUGCUGCCCUUCAAGGAGCAAGGCCUCAAGUUCAUGCCUUCGCCCGCCUUCUUCAAGAUGGAGGAGUCCUUCCUGAGGCUGAGCGGUCGAGAUGGGGGCCCAGGCCCCGCUCACAGCCUGCCCCCGCUAGGAGGCCUGCACCCUUCUCACUCCCACCCGCACCCCCACCCACACCACCAGCAGCACCACCACCACCAGCACCACCACCACCACCACCACCCGCACCACCAGCACCACCACCAGCUGCCGCCGCAGGGCCCCCCUCCGCCGCCCGCACCGCGCCGCUCCAGCAAGCAGCACACGUGCCUGACGUGCGGCAAGCCGUUCUCGUCGUCGAGCGCGCUGCAGAUCCACGAGCGCACACACACCGGGGAGAAGCCCUUCGCCUGCAACGUGUGCGGACGAGCCUUCACCACCAAGGGCAACCUCAAGGUGCACAUGGGGACGCACAUGUGGAACAGCGCCCCGCAGAGGCGCGGCCGCCGCCUCUCCCUGGACUCCCCCGCCGCCGCCCUCCUCGGCGGCGCCGCCGACGCCUCCAAGUUCCCCGACGUCUUCCAGCUGAAGGAGUUCCACGCGGCGCGCCAGGCCGCCACGGACGCCGACUUCUGGAACCAGUACGCGGCCGCGGCCGCCGUGGCCAACGGCGCGAUGGCCUCCCAGCACCACGGCCCCGCGCCGCCGGGGGGGGUGGCGGCCCUCAAGCCGAACGAGAUCUCCGUCAUCCAGAACGGAGGCACCGCGCCGCCCGGCGCGUUCUUGUCGUUGGGCGGCGUCGGAGGAGCUCCCCCGGCGUUCCUGCGCCUGGACGGCGGGCCGGGCGCCGCGGAGCGCGUCGGGGUCACGGCGGGGUCGGCCGGGUCGGCGGCGCCGCCCACGUCAAUGCCUCUGCCUCAGCUGGCCCCGUCGCUGGCCGGCACCGGCUCGGACGAUGCCGCCGCCGCCCCGGACGCUCGCGAGGAUGCGGGGAGCGGCGACGACGACCGCGGCGAUGACGGAGGCGGCGGCGGCAGCAGCGGCACCGGGAGCCCGCCGUGCCUCCAGGAGGAGCCGCGCGGGCCCAGCCCCGGGCGCGAGCGCAGGGAGGAGGAGGAGGAGGACGACGACGCGGAAGAGGAGGAGAUGCCGGCCAUGACGGCGUACGGCGUGGGUACGGAGCCGGCGCGGGCGCUGGAGGCCACGCUGAGCCACCGCUUCGCUCGCUUCAUGGAGGACGGACACGAGCUCGGCGUCAACUGAGUCCCCCCCCCCCCCCCACCUCACACCCCCCACCCACUUUCAACGUGAUGCCGCUGAGACGCGCGACGGGCGGCCCGAGCAAACGCCGUUCCCGCCGCGGUCGACGGCGCGCACCUCCUCGCCGCACGGCGAGGCGAGGGCCGCGCCCGGUGCAGCGGCCCCUUCAGAGCGGAGAGAGAGAGAGAGAGAAAGGUGGCCGCUGACCGGCCGCGACGCGGUCGUCGCGGUCUCUCGCGUGGCCCUGCAGGACGCCGGAGCCUUGCGACUGUGAAUCACAACUCGCAUUUGCUCUCUACUCUGAAGAAAUGCCUUAUCCUGAAGUGUUAUUAUCAUCAUCGUCACCACCGCACGUUCGUCCGUUUUAAGGAGAGCUGCCAGAGUUGCACCGACUCUCUCUCUCUCUCUCGGCUCGUCGCGAACGAACGAUUGUGUCAUCUGCUCCGCGGGCACCUGGCGUGGGUGCGGUGAGGCCUCCGUGAUGGCGAUGCCAACGCGCGGCACGGCCGCGCGCCGAGGGGGGGGGGGGGAGGGGUGGGGACCGCGGGGGGUCGUUCGGGUCGGGACUCGGCCGACGGGGUAAACGUGGGAACACGGGGUGUGCCGUUAGUGGGGCCGCAACUUCGCCAUCGCUUCCUUCCUUCUGCCGGACCUCACAGUCGACCGUGAUCGACCCUUCCGAGCGCCACAGCAACGCGGACUUGCGACGUGACGCCAUGUGUCCGUUACUACCCACCGCGACGCCUCUCUCGUUAUUCGCAACGAGACGUCGAUGAAUCCGACGUAGUUAACGGUCACCGGUGGAGCGGCGGGACAAGCGGUUGGCGCGCUGAGCUGCGAACCUCGUUCGAUUCCCCCUCCUCCCUUCAACCCGCGCUGACCGGCGUGGUGAAGUACGGUCGAAAGCCCCCCCCCCUCCCCCUCCCGUGACCGAUAUGGCGUGGGAGAGACCUCCGUCGGUCGGCGGGAUGCAAAGCGGCUGUCAUGAACUACAAUGCAAGGGUGUGGGGCGAUGUUGCGGGGGGUGCUGUAAUUUUGCACGUACACUUCGUCCGCACAACGAAUGUACAGCAACCGUCAAAGAAAAGAAACAGCAACAAACGCUUACGUCCGUUUGACCGAGCUCACGCGUUUUCUGUCGCCGCUGCUCACGGCGGCGAAAAUUUUUCCACGCGUGACCCCCCCCCCACCCUCCCUGUCUCCCCGCGCAGUCUCCCCCCCCGCCCCCCAACACGAAGUUCACCUCCGCCGCGAGAUCACGCCGGGGGUGGUGGUGGAGGGGGGGGGGCGGGGGGGUCAGCGGGUUACGGCUCGCCGGUUCUAUUCUUUUUCGCAUUUAUUCCCGGCAGUCGCCACGGUUGCGUCACCAAAGAGCGCGAUGCGGACGCUUACAGACCCCAGCGGAGGCGCCGCGCUGUUCGCGCCGCCGUUGCGGGGAACUGAGAGACGGGGGGGUGGGUGGGCUGGAGGUUCCUCUGCAUCCCCCGGGCUUUUGCUCGAGGAGUCUCGGGCGGCUUUGCGUUCCUUUGACGGGAGCCACCGCAGCCGCUUUAGCUCCAUUGCAACGUGGAUACAUUCCAGCAGCUCGGAGGAUCGGGGAACGUCGCCGGUUUCACCAUCCGCUUUAUUGCGUGGCGCCGGGAGUCGCUUGAGAAGGGGAUCUCAGAAGUAGCUCCUUGAUACCCGUUUCCACGGCCGUUCGCUGACACGAAGGGCACGCGCCGUGGUGCGAGCGUGAACCCGAACGCUUUGGCUCAGGACGUGAAGCCAGCGGAGAAAACGAGAUCUCAGAGUGAUGACGACGUCGAUGUAGAGUUACAGCGAUUCUCGUUGCCCUGCCACAGACAAGUCCGCAGGCUAGCGUCGUCCCGCUGUGCCGGGCAGCAGCGACGAUGCAGACCGGCUCUGGGCCGCCCGCCUCUGUGCCGUCGCUGCCUCGCUCGGCGGCUCGGCCUUUGCUGCCCAUGAGGAGGCCGCUCGAUCACGUCUCCAUACCCAGCCCUCAAUGCCUCACGCACAAAAAUAGCAACAACAACGCUCAUAAUCGUCGAGCACAUUUGGAAUUCACGCCGUUCUUACAGAGCAAAAGGCUCACACCGGAAAGUGCCGCUGUGUGUCGUAGACGCAGGCUGCAGUAGUUUCACAGUCGUGGGGGGGGGGGGUGAUGUUGUUUCUGCUGCUGUUGUUGUGGGUGAUCACAGUUGGCUAGUUUGCAGGAGACAUUUUUCAUAUCUGGCAAAUUUGGACCGUGACCCCUGCCUGUUCCAAUGACGUCGCCAGAUCUUUAACGCCCGCCGUUAAGCGGACCGCGCGGACUCUUUUACUCCGGUUCACACUGCUCUCGCCCGCAGCAGCGUCAACCGGUGCCGGCCUGCGGCAUCAAACCCUGAACCUCCGCGACAAGUGGCGAAGCGUGCCACCGCCGGGCAAUGUCACAGCGGCCGCGGCACUGCCCGAGCGGAUACGGAGCCCAGUCACAAAGCCACCGUCCCCAGGCCCUCCGAGUGGCGCCUCCAGCAACGCCGAGCAGCGAGAGAUUAAGCGCAGAGCCGCGACGCCUAUCCGUGCCGCAGAGGUCCUAAGUCAUUCUCGUCGCAAGCGCGGCGAUUCUAACCUUCACGGCGAGCUUGUUACAGCGUUCUAUUCGGUACGGCGGUUCGUUUAGUCGCCUAGCUAGGUAGGUAGGUGUGCUGGGAAUUGGCGGUGUACUGUGGUCGGUGUUAAUAACGCGGGAGAGUGACCGUGAAGAGUUUGUAACUUAUCCACCGUCGUGUUGAACCGGUGCCGUGCCCGGCACUGCAUGGAUUCAAUGAUAAUUAUUCGUGACUGUGCUGAGCUCACACUCCGUGGGUGUGGUAGCUUCUGCCGAGCGUGGCGGCACUCGUGCGCCGCAGCAAGAACCCCCUGGGUUCGAUUCCCAACUCGGGACGCCUUUCUGCGUGGAGUUUGUAAGCACUCACCUUGUUCUGCACGGGUUUCCUCCGGGUUCUCUGCUUUCCUCGAACAACUAAACGCAAUCGAUGUCAUUGGUGUCGGCCAAACAUCGCAAUGGAGCAGGACCCUCUUGAGAGAAAAAAAAACAGAGCGUGCAGACUCAGGGGUGGCUUUCCUGGGUCAAUGUGGAGCAAGCAGUAUUGUCAUUCCGCAAGUUCGAACUGAGAUUGGCGGAACCUGAUGCAGCAAUUUGCGAUGGCUGGGUCCGCUCAGCACGAGCCUCAGACUCGCCGCUACAUUGCUGCUCCCGCCGCCGCUGCUGCUGCUACGAUUGGAGGCUUGCAACGACAGCUACGCUCUGUCCAACUUCCCGAGGACAAAGUCUCUGGUAACAGAACCGCCGUUCUGCUCGUGUGGGGUUACUUCACCGGGGUCGCGGCGACCGCCUUGGUUGGUUCUGCCGCUGCACCCCGUGCGGUGGCGAGGGUGGGAACGCCUCGCGGCGGAACGUCGUUCUCGCCGACGCCGUGGGUUGUUGUUCCCGUGGCUGUCGACACAAGUCGGGGGGCCUCUCUCGGCCGCCGGCCGCCGCCGCCGCCGCGUAAAGUCGCGAAACCCUCGGCGGCGUCGGCGGUCGGGACGCGGCACGAGGCGCGGCGGAGCGAUAGGGUAGCAGUGUACAGUCCCUGACCAAAGUUGUACGCGACGUGGAUUUUUGUGGGGUGGGCGCGGAGGGAACGGCGUCACGUCGUGUCUCGCGCGUGUGCGAGCAGUGUUAUUUUAUUGUGAAAGAGGCUACGGUUUGCAUGCACGCGCACGCACACAAACACGUGCGCACUCACGGACACGCACACGGCAGCGCGUCGUCCUCCGGGUUGGCCGACAGCGUUCGGGCUGUGACCCGAACGUGCUGUACCCCCGCUGUGUCUCCGCACGCUGGAGGCACGCGUAGUGGCAGCCCUGUCUCCGUGCCAAGGAGCCCAGCGUCCGGCGGAGGGGCGUCGAGUGCCUGCUUGCACCUCGUUCUAACAGCAGUUGUCACCUGCAGGACGCUUUUGACCCCGGAUUAAAAAAUAUACAAACAUAUAUAAACACACACACACACAUAUAUAAACAACAAAACCCGAUAAUGUCGUCGAGUGGUGAGAAUUCCCCCGCCGCAGCUGAACUCCCCGACAGGCAGUGGGAUUCCCCCCCGCGUCCGGGUCACUCUCACCGCCACGGGGAGCGGCUGCAGCCUGCGUUGCUUCGCAUUCACGAAGCCCAUUCACAACCGAUCACGCUGGAGGAGUCCAGAAGAUGCGUAGCGGACUUUACGGAUCGCCUACCCCCCCUUCCCCCCCACCACUUCCAUGUCCGCUAGCUCGGGUGAACGCACACAGUGCGACCGGUGAUGUGAAGUAACAAACGGCUGAAGUAUUUUGUUUUAUUGCAGUUGGACGAACGCACUUUAGAAUGUCUGUGAACCGCGAGCCGAGGUAUUAGUUCGGGCUCCGUUGGCCUUGAGCGUGACUCUCGGCGCGGCGCCCAGGGCCCCCCCCCCCCCCGGAGGUCCGGUAGUCGUCCCCACGGCAGUCAGCCCUGGCGCGUUUCUGCUCCGCCUUUGUUGCUUUCAAGAGUCCCGCGACGUUUGGUGUGGCCACGGCCGAGGCAGGGACGGCGGCGGUUCCGCAGAGUCGCCGACUGUCAGCUGCCCGAGUCGGCCUCUGGAAAACUUCCACGUCGAUGCCUCCCAGUGACGGUCAUUUCAGUGAGACGAUUGCGAAAUAGCCUGGCUUGGGAUCGAGCAGUCGCUUCCACAGCUCCCUGUGGAGCUGGCGUCU